GCAACAGCAGUAGCGCCACGGAUGCUCUCUGUGGAGCGCUUGGAGCGCCCCGGGCUGACCGAAGGAGCCGCGUUGAGGUACUGAGCGCCCGCCCGCCCGCCCGCCGGAGAGGAGCGGCGUCGUACUUCGUGGAUUCGCCUGGCUGUACCUGUCAUGCAGUCGGCGGCGGCAGCGCCGCCGCGGCAGGCGGACUGUGCUGACUCGAGUGCCGCUAAAACGGAGCCGAGUGAAGAACAACUUUCGCGGUCCGAAGCGAAACCCCUUCCUCCGGUGCUCCGUGAGCUCAGUUCCUUCGCGGUCCGGGCGUUGCUGUGCCUUGCUCCGGUCUACGUGGCCGGCUACCUGGGGCUCAGUACCAUCUGGGUGCUGAUCGGCUUGCUCUUGUGGAUGUGGUGGCGAAGGAACCGGCGAGAGAAGCGUUCCCGGCUGCUGGCAGCCUUCGGGCUGGUGGAGGAUGAGAAGCAAGCCAUCAGCCAAGGAAUCGCCCUGCAGCAGCUCCCUGCCUGGGUGCACUUCCCUGAUGUGGAACGGGUAGAGUGGCUGAACAAGGUUGUUGAACAGAUCUGGCCAUAUUUCGGAGCAAUUAUGGAAAAGACAUUUAAGGAAGUUCUUGAACCAAAAAUCAGAGCAAAGAAUGUACAUCUAAAAACAUGCACAUUUACCAGAAUCCAUCUUGGAGAUAAGUGCCCUAAAAUUAAAGGAGUGAAAACCUAUACUAAAGAAGUUGACCGAAGACAAGUGAUCCUGGACUUGCAAAUAUGUUAUAUAGGGGAUUGUGAAAUUCACAUGGAGCUCUCCAAGCUUAAAGUAGGAAUGAAAGGAUUACAGCUGUAUGGAACAUUACGAGUAAUCCUGGAGCCCCUUCUGACAGAUGUACCCUUUUUUGGAGCUGUAACCAUAUUUUUUAUCCAGAAACCCCACUUGGAAAUCAAUUGGGCAGGGCUGACAAACUUGUUAGAUGCUCCAGGCAUUAGUUUAUUUUCAGACUCACUAAUUCAAGAUCUCAUUGCUGCCCGGCUGGUGUUGCCAAACCGACUCACAAUCCCAUUGAAAAAGAACAUGAAUGUUGCUCAGUUGCGGUUUCCUAUUCCAUAUGGAGUCAUAAGAGUGUAUCUUUUGGAAGCUGAAAAUCUUGUCCAAAAAGACAACUUCCUUGGGGCGAUCAGGGGCAAAUCGGACCCUUAUGCGCUCCUUCGAGUUGGCCUGGUGCAGUUCCGGAGCAAAACAGUACAAAGAAACCUGAAUCCCAUCUGGAAUGAAAUGUUUGAGUUUGUUGUUCAUGAAGUACCUGGCCAAGAUCUAGAAGUAGACCUUUAUGAUGAAGAUCCAGAUAAAGAUGAUUUUUUGGGCAGCUUGCUUAUAAACCUUGCAGAUGUGAUGAAAGACAGAAUUGUUGAUGAGUGGUUUCCCUUGAGCAAGAUAGCAAGUGGGCAUGUCCACUUAAAGCUCGAGUGGUUUUCUCUGGUCACCAAUCAAGAGAAACUUAGUGAGGAUAGGAAUGGUCUUGCCACUGCAAUUCUCACAGUGUAUUUGGACAGCGCUUUAAACCUUCCUAAAAAUCAAUUGGAAUAUUCCAAUGGCGAAUAUGGAGCAAAGAAAUAUAGAAAAGACAGAUAUCUCAAGAAGAUAGAAAGAGAACCUUCUUCCUUUGUGCUGCUCACAGUGGGCAACAAAACCCACAAAAGCAAGACCUGUAAUUUCACUAAGGACCCUGUGUGGAGGCAGGCAUUCACUUUCUUUGUCCAUAGUGCUCCAUCUCAGUCUCUUCAUUUGGAGAUUAAAGAUAAGGAUCGGGAGAAUGCCCUUGGGACUUUGGUGAUUUCUCUUGCUCGCUUAUUAAAGAAUCCUGAGAUGACACUUGAACAAAAUUUUCAGUUGGAUCAUUCUGGUGUGGACAGUUCUAUUAAGCUGAAAAUUGUGCUGAGAGCUCUGGACAUAGAGGUCCCUGACUCAGAAAACACCAGUACUGGAGCUAAUGCCUUAAAACAAGUUCCUAUCUCAGCCACAGAACAGGAGGAGAACCAAAACAAGGCACAGCUGCCACCACCUCGUCCUCCUCCUCCUCCUCCUCGUCCUUCUCCUCCUCCUCCACCACCACCACAAGUGCCCAAGGCAGUCCAAGGGAACAAAGAAUCUGCUGUGCCUGAAUCCAAAGGUGACAAACAGGAGAGCGAUGCUAACCCUAAUGUAAAUGAGAAAUGGUCAGAGCCCAUUGUCAUAGAGGCAGUUGCUGGAAUUAAUGAGGAAGGAGUUACAGGUGGCUUGGACCCCAAAUCCUUGACACCUCCACAGACCAGUCGAGUACCCCCAGCGUUGCCAGCUCUGCAGAGACUCCAGAUUGCUCCCAGCAUUGCAUCUCUAGGCACUGAAGCCUCUUCAAUCAUGGAUGUAACUUGCAGCAAUCUGAACCUCAAUAAUGGGACACUUCCUGAUGGAAUGUCUAUGGGAGAGAUUCACCUCACUGUUCGGUAUGCUUCCUUAAGGCAAUCUCUCAUUGUGCUGGUCAACUCAUGCAGAAAUUUAAUGCCAUGCUCUCGGCACGGAGCGCAUCCAUAUGUUCGCAUCUACUUGCUCCCAGACAAAAGAUGGAUAACCCGAAGAAGAACUACUGUGAAGAAAAGAACAGUGAACCCUCAGUAUGAUGAGAAAUUUGAAUUUUAUGACACUUUGGAAGACAUUAAGAAACGAACCUUAGAUGUUGCAGUGAAAAAUAGAAAGUCACUUAUCUCACAUGAAAGGAAAGAACUUGGAAAGGUGCUGAUUGACUUAUCAAAGGAAGAUCUAGUCAAGGGCUUCUCUCAAUGGUAUCAGUUGACAAUAAAUGGACAGCCCCAGAGUUGAUUCCUUCCCACCUGAUCAACAGCAUACUUCAUGCAUAUCUGGAACUUUGAAGACCACUAUAAGAUUUUGUAAAUGUUUAUACUUCAGUCAUGCUUAAUUUAUUUAACGUGUUAGUACCAUUUCUUAAUUCUAACUUUUUAGGGCUGAAUUUGGCAUUAUCCUACAUUUAACUUUUAAUGGUAAAAUUUGUAACAGUAAAUAAUAUUUCAGGAGUUCCCCAGUUGAUUGACCAAAGAUACAUGGGAUCUUCCUCUGGAUGCAGAGUGCUCUGCUUUCCAUAUCCUCAGGCUUUGCUGACCAACCACUGUUGCUGCUUAGUUUUCCCUUCCCAGCUCUAUUCCCCCACACAAAAUGCCACAAGUAAACCAGGAUCUACAUCUUUUUGAAUCACAUCAACAGUUAUGGUAGAUUUGCUCACAGGAUGUACUUUAUUGGUCUGGAAUGAACCCUCUUUUCCUGGGAGGUGAGGAUACAACAAAUCCCUCAUCUCUGCAGAUGGAGGAGGGGCUCUUCCUUCAAGCAACAUUUCCUCACAUUUCACUGAAUCCUGUUCUAAAGGAUCCUGUGAUUUUUUUUCAGAUGAUCCAAGGGAUUAAGGAGAAAGGAUGGCUGGCAAAGAGGCAAACACUCUAGAAUCCAACCAUUGCCUUAAAUUUUGUAGAUAAAACUCAAUCCAAGUUUUGCAUUAUUUAUGCCAAAGAAUAUAAUUUAGAAACUAUUUAAACUACAGAUGUCAUGUGCUUUUAAAGAAUAAACUAUUUAACUUAU